CUCAAUCUUCUAAAUUCUAGAGAGUAUAAACCAAGUCUAUCCAGUCUUUCUUCAUAAGACAGUCCUGACAUCCCAGGAAUCAGUCUGGUGAACCGUCUCUGCACUCCCUCUAUGGCAAUAAUGUCCUUCCUCAGAUUUGGAGACCAAAACUGUACGCAAUACUCCAGGUGUGGUCUCACCAAGACCCUGUACAACUGCAGUAGAACCUCUCUGCUCCUAUACUCAAAUCCUGCCUGUACUUGGUCCAUAUCUCUCUAAAUAUUGAUGUUGUGACAUCUUGUAUCGGCAUGAAGUGUGGCCAUUUAGUCCAUGCUAGCCACCCCGGCCCAGAGUCCAAUCACCCCAGCCCCAAUUCCCCUCCCCUUCUCCCACCCUCACGUUAAACCCCCCCUUCAAUUUCACCACCUUAAGGGCAUUCUACAUGGACCAGCGAAACUGCAGCUCGCCUUUGGGGGUUGAGGGAUUAAAACCAAAAACAUCGCUGUCACGGGGAGAACAUACAAACUCCGCACAGACAGCACCUGAGGUCAGCCCUGGGUCUCUGGCGGAGUGAGGUAGUGGCUCUACCUGCUUUGCCACCGUGCCGUCCAGAGGGUGUUGAUUGAGUUACUCCAGCACUGUGUGAAACGUCACCUAUCCGUGUUCUCCACAGAUGCUGCCUGACCCGCUGAGUUACUCCAGCACUCUGUGAAACAUCACCUAUCCAUGUUCUCCAUAGAUGCUGCCUGACCCACUGAGUUACUACAGCACUCUGUGAAACGUCACCUAUCCAUGUUCUCCACAGAUGCUGCCUGACCCACUGAGUUACUCCAGCACUCUGUGAAACGUCACCUAUCCAUGUUCUCCACAGAUGCUGCCUGACCCGCUGAGUUACUCCAGCACUCUGUGAAACAUCACCUAUCCAUGUUCUCCACAGAUGCUGCCUGACCCGCUGAGUUACUCCAGCACUCUGUGAAACGUCACCUAUCCAUGUUCUCCAUAGAUGCUGCCUGACCCGCUGAGUUACUCCAGCACUCUGUGAAACGUCACCUAUCCAUGUUCUCCACAGGUGCUGCCUGACCCGCUGAGUUACUCCAGCACUGUGAAACGUCACCUAUCCAUGUUCUCCACAGAUGCUGCCUGACCCACUGAGUUACUCCAGCACUGUGAAACGUCACCUAUCCAUGUUCUCCACAGAUGCUGCCUGACCUGCUGAGUUACUCCAGCACUCUGUGAAACGUCACCUAUCCAUGUUCUCCACAGAUGCUGCCUGACCCACUGAGUUACUCCAUUCUUCCUCUGGGCCGCUGUGGGUCACCUCAGCCCCACUGGGGAGACUCUAGGAACUAAAAUGCUGUGUCCAUCAUUUUAGUGAACCUCAUUUGCACCCUCCCCAACCCAACUCAACCCACCUCAAUCCAACCCAUCUGAACUCAACCCAACCUAACCUAACUCAACCCAAUCGAACUCAACCCAACUCAACCAAGCUAGGCAGGACAGGCAGGGAGAGGCGAAGGGAUAUGAUGAACCUUGGCGACCCUCGGACUAUCUUUGAUCGGACUUUGCUGGCCUUACCUUGCACUAAACGUUAUUCCCUUAUCAUGUAUCUGUACACUGUAAAUGGAUCGAUUGCAAUCAAAUAUUGACUUUCUGCUGACUGGUUAGCACGCAACUUUUAGAAACAUAGAAAAUAGGUGUAGGAGUUGGCCAUUCGGCCCUUCGAGCCAGCACCGACAUUCAAUAUGAUCAUGGCUGAUUAUCUAAAAUCAGUAGCCGUUCCUGCUUUCUCCCCGUAUCCCUUGAUUCCAUAUACGUGAGGAAACAAACAUAGAAACAUAGAAAUUAGGUGCAGGAGUAGGCCAUUCGGCCCUUCGAGCCUGCACCGCCAUUCAAUAUGAUCAUGGCUGAUCAUCCAACUCAGUAUCCCGUACCUGCCUUCUCUCCAUACCCCCUGAUCCCCUUAGCCACAAGGGCCACAUCUAACUCCCUCUUAAAUAUAGCCAAUGAACUGUGGCCUCAACUACCCUCUGUGGCAGAGAGUUCCAGAGAUUCACCACUCUCUGUGUGAAAAAGUUCUUCUCAUCUCAGUUUUAAAGGAUUUCCCCCUUAUCCUUAAGCUGUGACCCCUUGUCCUGGACUUCCCUAACAUCGGGAACAAUCUUCCUGCAUCUAGCCUGUCCAACUCCUUAAGAAUUUUGUAAGUUUCUAUAAGAUCCCCUCUCAAUCUCCUAAAUUCUAGAGAGUAUAAACCAGGUCUAUCCAGUCUUUCUUCAUAAGACAGUCCUGACAUCCCAGGAAUCAGUCUGGUGAACCGUCUCUGCACUCCCUCUAUGGCAAUAAUGUCCUUCCUCAGAUUUGGAGACCAAAACUGUACGCAAUACUCCAGGUGUGGUCUCACCAAGACCCUGUACAACUGCAGUAGAACCUCCCUGCUCCUAGACUCAAACAUACCUCCCCUAGCCCCGCAUGAUCUUGUACACCUCAAUAAGGUCACCCAGAGCUCUGCCUCGAGUGCUCCAAAUGAAAAAGUCCCAGCCUAUCCAACCCCUGUAUCUGUAACUAUUGCAAAACCCUUCCACUCCCCCUCCCGUUCCCACACGGACCUUCUGUCCUGGCCCUCCUCCAGUGUCAAAUUGAGGCCCAACAAAAAUUGGAAGAACAGCGCCUCAUAUUUCCCUUGGGUAGCUUACACUCUAGCGGUAUGAACAUUGACUUCUCCAACUUCAAAUAGCCCUUGCUUUCCCCCUCUCUCCAUCCCUCCCCCUUCCCACUUCUCCCACCAGUCUGACUGUUAUCCUGAUUAAAAUGUUACCUCGUUGUCAACUUCAUCAAGCUAACAAUGAUCUAUUGUAUUUAAGAUUACACAGAAAAGCUGGAGAAACUCAGCGGGUGCAGCAGCAUCUAUGGAGCGAAGGAAAUAGGCAACGUUUAGGGCCGAAACCCUUCUUCAAAUCUAUUGUACAUUUCCCUUGUCUUAAAACAUAGAAACAUAGAAAUUAGGUGCAGGAGUAGGCCAUUCGGCCCUUCGAGCCUGCACCGCCAUUCAAUAUGAUCAUGGCUGAUCUUCCAACUCAGUAUCCCGUACCUGCCUUCUCUCCAUACCCCCUGAUCCCCUUAGCCACAAGGGCCACAUCUAACUCCCUCUUAAAUAUAGCCAAUGAACUGUGGCCUCAACUACCCUCUGUGGCAGAGAGUUCCAGAGAUUCGCCACUCUCUGCGUGAAAAAAGUUCUUCUCAUCUCGGUUUUAAAGGAUUUCCCCCUUAUCCUUAAGCUGUGACCCCUUGUCCUGGACCCCUUGUCUUCGACUCCUUCGAUGUCUCUUUAAGAUAGUUAGAUCCUUGAUUAGUACGUAACUCCAAGCUUGGCCUCGCCCACAUCUUGUGGAUCCAAACUUAAUUGAUGUUGGACAUUUAUCCCGCUGUCCAAACGCAUUAAACUUUGUUUAGCGCGUUAGAAUGAUUAAGUAACUGGUGUAAUCGGCAUGUUAAACAUUACACAAGACAGGGCAAUGAUAGAUUGUACCCCCCUGUGUGAGUCUCCCAGAGCCAGACCGUUGCUGCUCCAGCUUGCACCAUGGCGUUUGGAGAUUUGUUGGAGAUAGUUGGUGGCUUGGGGAGGUACCAGGCCAUCCACGUCUUGCUCCUGUCCUUACCUCUGACCUUCAUAUCCAGCAACAAUGUGCUGCAGAACUUUAUUGGUGCCGUCCCUGACCACCGCUGCCGUCUGGGUCUGGGUCUGGGCAACAAACUCAACGUGACAUGGGAGCCUCUGGCCGGGGAUCUUGUGCGGCUCUUUGUGCCCGUAGACCAGCAGGGGCGAGCGGACAAGUGCCGUCUCUACACCGAACCGCAGUGGCACCUCCUGUUGUCCAACGUUACACGGGGUAACGGGAGCGGGGCGGAGACACAGCCGUGUACAGAUGGGUGGGAGUACGACCGCUCCCAGUUCAGUAACACCAUCGUGACCGAGGUAGGGACACUCGUGUCCGUCUAGACACCGUCUGUGCCCCGUCGUGUCCGUCUAGACGUCUGUGCCCCAUUGCGUCCUUGUGUAGUUUUAGCUUAGUUUUGUCUGAAGACGUGUCUCGACCUGAAACAUCACCCAUUCCUUCUCUCCAGAGAUGCUGCCUGUCCCACUGAGUUACUCAGGCAUUUUGUGUCUUUAUAUCUUUAGUUUAGUUUAGAGAUACAGCGCGGAAAUAAGCCCUUCGGCCUAUCGAGUCCUCACCGACCAGCGAUCCCUGCACACUAACACCAUCUUACACAGAGAUAAGAUACUGUAGGAUGUCCGAUUCAGAUUCAAUUUUAAUUGUCAUUGCCAGUGUACAGUACAGAGACAACGAAAUGCAUUGUCUAUACACUUGUGUCUAUACAAGUGUCCAUACACUUCAGAAUUCAUUCUGCUACUACCAUCA